CCCUGAGUUUCAAUCAGGGUAGACAAGUCGGAGUUGUCAUGUUGUGUAGGAGCAGGCGACGUCUAUAUACUGAUGUGGGUGCAACUCUAUCUUAUUUCUGCAACUAAUCUCCGGUGAUCUCAUCAUCGCCCGCCGCUGCAACAACAGAUUCCCAGGACAGGUUGCAGAGGCGUGGACUGAACCGAGCCCUGAUUACAGUGAGAAGUUGUACUUAUUAGGCUCACCGUCUACCAAGAUUCUGCAGCCAAUACCGGCAGCCUGCUUUAUUGUAGACCGUGCCAAAAGAGUCGAGAACCGUGGCCGACGAAGCCUGUUGUUGCUGCGCCACCGGCGGAACUAGUACUACAGCCGAGGAGGCUGCCUGCGUCUGCAGUGUCAUAACGCCACUACUACUACUACUAUCACUUCCAUCUCUCGUACAAUUGUGUCACUUUCUGCCCCGCCCUCCAUCCGACCCCAGUACUACUACAGCUUCAUCUCAUCUUCAUAAGUGCAACAGUGAGACUGCCGACGAUCUUUCUUCCUCGUUGCGCCCAUUUCGGCAGCUCUGUUCAUCUCUCCCUCGUCUCAUCCUUAUCAAUCAGAAGCCCCUUUCUAUUUGAUGGCCGACUUCGUACCGCCUCCAGGGCCGCCGCCGCCGAAAGUCCCGGAAGGCUGGAAGGCAGUCUGGAACGACCAGUACAAAGAAUGGUUCUACGUCAAUCUGUACACGAAACAGUCGCAAUGGGAGAAACCAACCGAACCAGCCCGACCACCCAACUCCAGCCAUGACGACGCACCGCCCGGGGUUCCGCCUCCAUCCUAUUCGGCCGGCGACAACGCGCCUCAUGCCUCAGACACGAAACGACCACUAGAAUCCAACAACCCAUACAACGGGCAACGUCGGGACGGCGAAAGCGACGAACAAUACGCCCGACGUCUCCAAGACGAGGAAAACAGCAAACACAAUCGCGGCGCCGCCGACGAGUUUUACAAUAGCGGCACAGCCAACCCACCAGGAAUCCAGGGCGGAUACCCCGGGGCACCCGGUUCCUCAUCUUCUUCACUUCCCCCGCGUCCCGAAAGUAGCAGUGGCAGUGGCAAAUCCAAGGGAUUCCUGGGCAAACUGCUCGGCAAAUCUUCGUCCAGCUCGCAUUCUCAACAACAAUACGCGGCUGCCGGAGGAUAUCCCGCGGGCUAUGGACAACAACAAGGCUAUCCCCCGCAAGGCGGAUACUAUCCACCCCAGGGCACGUAUGGCGGAUAUCCCCCGCAAGGGUAUCCUGCCGGUUAUGGUGGCGGCUACGGCGGCGGUUAUGCGGCUGCACCUCCUAGAAGGACUGGUGGCGGCCUGGGCGCGGGCGGGGCCGCGGCUUUGGGUCUGGGCGGUGGUUUGCUCGGUGGCAUGAUGUUGGAGAGUGCAAUUGAUGCUGGCGACGGUGGUGAUUACGGCGGCGACGGAGGCGACUUUGGUGGUGAUGGUGGAGACUUUGGGGGCGGUGACUUUUGAUCUGAGGUCCAAAGCAGAGGUGUCAAGCUGUCCGGCGAGGCGCAUUACAACUAUUCUUUUCUUGAGGCUGGCUUGAACUUGGACCGGUAUUGCCGAACUGAAAAGCAGGGCAAUCAGUACAUGACUGCGUAGGAGCAAGAGACUGCAGUGCAGAUUGUCCUCCGCACACGUGCAGCCACGAAGCGAAGCCCAAGGGACAGACAUAGAAGGCAUGAACUGUUAGGGGUGAUCGAUCCCCAGAUUGUCACGAGUAGUUAACAAGCAAAUGAUUCAAUGAUUAGAUUCAACGGA